UCUUCUUAGUUCAUACACAAAGCACAAGCAUUUUUUUUUUCUUCUUUUUCUUCCAUUUGUUGAUCUGCCACUUGUGACACGAUCUUUUCCUUUUAAUGGGCACUUGAGAUCAUAGAAAAGCUGAAAAAAAGAGAGGAUUUGAAGGGGAAACACUCGGUAAAGAUUGGAUUUUUUAAAAGGGAAAUUGAGUGAUUUUUUUGUUGUGUGAAAAAAAGGGGGUGAAAGUGAGGAUGAUUUGGAGUAAUCUUUGAAGAAUUUGUGUUAAAUUUUGGGUUUUUGAUUCUGGGUUUUUCUCUUGGAUUUCGAUUAUGGGUGGUGGUGGGUGUUUUCCUUGUUUUGGAUCAUCAAACAAGGAAAAGAGUAAUAAUGGUGGGAAAUCCAUUAAAGAACUGAACAACAAGGAUUCAACUAAAGAUGGCUCAGUUGGUCAGUCUCAUCAUGUUAAUAGAGCUAGUUUAGACAAAUCAAAAUCUCGGAGUGGUUCUGAUUCUAAGAAGGAGCCUGCAGUAUCUAAAAAUGGAUCAACCGAAAAUAUCCCAGCUCAAACAUUUACAUUUCGAGAGCUUGCUGCUGCCACAAAGAACUUUAGGCCGGAAUGUCUAUUAGGAGAAGGUGGUUUUGGACAUGUUUACAAGGGCCGGUUGGAAAGUACGGGACAGGUCGUUGCUGUCAAACAGCUUGAUAGAAAUGGCCUUCAGGGAAAUAGAGAAUUCCUCGUUGAAGUUCUCAUGCUUAGUCUCUUACACCACCCAAACCUUGUCAACCUGAUUGGUUAUUGUGCCGAUGGGGACCAACGCCUCCUUGUCUACGAGUUUAUGCCUUUAGGGUCAUUGGAGGAUCAUUUACAUGAUCUUCCACCGGAUAAGGAACCUUUGGACUGGAAUACGAGAAUGAAGAUUGCAGCUGGUGCAGCCAAGGGAUUGGAAUACUUGCACGAUAAAGCUAGUCCUCCUGUUAUAUACCGAGACUUAAAAUCAUCCAACAUCCUUCUUGAUGAAGGCUAUCACCCUAAAUUAUCUGAUUUCGGGCUUGCGAAACUAGGUCCUGUUGGUGACAAAACCCAUGUGUCCACUCGUGUAAUGGGUACUUAUGGUUAUUGUGCACCGGAAUAUGCAAUGACCGGCCAGCUCACUCUAAAAUCCGAUGUCUACAGUUUUGGAGUGGUCUUUCUCGAGCUUAUCACGGGGCGCAAGGCCAUUGAUAAUAUGCGUGCUCCUGGAGAGCAGAAUCUGGUUGCAUGGGCACGACCGCUUUUCAAAGAUCGUAGGAAGUUUCCGAAAAUGGCUGACCCGCUACUACAAGGUUGUUAUCCGAUGCGUGGAUUGUACCAAGCUCUUGCAGUUGCAGCAAUGUGUUUGCAAGAGCAAGCGGCUACAAGGCCUUUAAUAGGCGAUGUGGUUACGGCCCUUACGUAUUUAGCCUCACAAACUUAUGACCCAAAUGCCCCUGGCAACCAAAGCAACAGAGUCGGUCCAUCAAAUCCAAGACUUAAGGAUGAUAGGAAUAUGGCUGACGGGUUAGACAGCCCCGAGGGUCGUGGAUGGCAUCAUGGUUCUCCUUCCACGCAUAGAAAUUCACCUGAUUACAGGAAGAGGAAUCAGAUGAGGGAAUCUAGCACCGGUUCUGAGUUGAUCAGGAAUGACGCUGGUGGGGAAUCAGGGAGGAAAUGUGGUUCGGAUGAUUCGGAACGACAAGAAUCUAAUAGAGGCAGCCCACUGAAUGGUUCAAGAGCAAGGGAAACUCCACAUAAUCGUGUUCUCGAUAGAGAACGUGCUGUCGCGGAGGCCAAAGUAUGGGGUGAGAAUUGGAGGGAGAGAAAACGGGCGAACGCAAUGGGUAGCUUUGAUGGUACAAAUGAGUAAUGACCGAUGCUACCUAAAUACUAACUCAUGUCAUUCUUCUCUUCCAAUCGAGGACAUUGCGUAUCGGUUUCUUGGAAAAGAAUAAAACUCCAACGAUAAAACCAUCUGUUACUGUCAAUCUCCAUUUCUACCCCGGAAAUAAGAGUUAAUGCAUGUAUCUAACUUUUGACUAUUGUUUACUUGUCCUAUAGUACAUUUCCAAAUGCUUCGAUUAUGUGGUCGAAGGAAGAAACACAAAAAAAGAAGGGAUUGAGAGCAGUCGGUUGGUUUCGAGAAUUCACAGGUAAAUUUCCACCAGCAAAAAAAAAAAAAAAAUGUAUACAACAUACUAUAUGUAUUUAGGCUUUUUUCUUUUUCUUUCUUUAUUGAGAUUUAUGUUACAGGAGAUGUAUGUGGGGGGAAAACUUAGUAUAGGUUUGUCUGGAUGUCUCACCAGUCUUGUCUAGUUUUCGACUUGUUCGAAUUCGUGUAUGCAUCUCCGAGUCUACCUUGUUUUUGGCUUUAUACAUAGAGGUUUCAUGAUAUUAUUAUCAUUUAUGUAUGAUCACCUUCGUCCUAUUGUUCUUUAUGUAAUUACUUGUUUCAUUA